UGUGACUACAGAGAUCGGUAGGAACCCUAGUCAAGUAACUUUCUCGGUGAUGUGAAUUACAGCUGGUGCUUACUCCGGGACCUUGCUGCUCGUGUGGAUGCUGCGGGCAAAGAACGUGCCACAGGAACACGCUCGUGGUGUGGGGGCAACAAUCCCGAGAGAUGCAACAGCUGAGGGAUGAAGCGGUGCGCCUGACUGCAGAGAUCAGCACUGUGAAGAAGGAAGUUCAGCAAAUGAGAGAGGUACUGUCAGCGACCAUGCGGACAUCUGACUGGGCUCUGAAAAGUGCAGGGUCUGCCAUCGACCUGCAGAGAUCGUCCAGCAGCUCGGCAUGGCUCUGCAGGGUGUUUUGGUUCCUGUGUGCUCCACCCCAUCUGGACACCUUUGUGCAGGCGGAUGCUUCCCCAGGAUACUGCUGGCCAUUCCAAGGGUCUCGGAGCGAGGUGCUAAUCCGGUUGCCCGCACCGGUACAACCGAUGGCCAUCACCAUACAGCACGCCUCAAAGACAGCCUCUCCGCUGGGGACUGUCAGUAGUGCUCCCCGAGAUUUCACUGUCUCUGGACUGGAUGAGGAAGGCGAGGACGAAACGUUGCUGGGGACAUUCACCUAUGCCAUGCAGCAAGAGCCGACCCAGACCUUCCCUCUGCAGAACGGGAUCCCCAGAGCCUUUCAGUUUUUGAAACUUGGCAUUCAGAGCAACUGGGGAAAACCAGGAUACACGUGCAUUCGUCGGGUGCAGGUGUAUGGGAAGAUUGCGGGAACGAAUGCCAUCAGCCAGACGCAUGUGCAGACCUCCCCUAAUUAAUAAGAAUUAAACAGGAAAAUGGAGAAACAGAGCAGAGAGAUGUGGCUGUUAGUCGGGUGCAGAGCAAUGUCAUUGCAGAGGCCCUCUCAAAGCUGCCAAGUUCUUCCUUUCGCAGGCUGAGGACUUCCUCAGGCUUUCCACUUUCUCUCCCCCACGGGG